CUAGAUUGCGCCUGUGGGGACGGGUGAGGAGUAUGCAGGUCAGCUAUGGUAGGGUAGUUUGCCGCUGGGUGGAGAAAAGCCCAGAGAUCUCUAGCCUACCUUGAACUUCAGGAGACCAGAGUAGUGGAGGACAUCCGAGAGAGAAUUUCUGCUCGGAGACGUCGUGGGAGAUUCACCGGUCACUCUCAGGGCGAGCAUGUGUGAACGGAUGUACAUCCGUCGGGUCGUCCCCAGCUCAUAUUGAAUGUAUUGAAUGAGCCAAGCUUAGGACUUCACGUGUACAACAAAGGAUUGGACACUAAACGUGCAAGAGAGUCUCAUAGAGACCCCAGUUGAAACCUGGGGAUUGCAGAAGAAGACUCGAAAAUCAACUGUUAGGGACGAGAUUGUCCUACUACAUAGGUGCCGACUUCCUCUGAGCCAUGGUCGCGACAGAAAAUGACAGUCUUCUGCCUUUGCCACCUUUCGCCGUGAAAUUACUAUGAACUUUGCUAUCGAUCCCCUUGUUGUCUGAUGUUUUUUCACUUGGUUGUCGGCGAAGAGAUUCUUGUUUCUUUCUGAUCGAACUCAGAAGUACGAGACGAACGAGAAAAAAGUGCGAGAAAUGAGAAUAGUGAGACCAGUGAAGAUAUGGAGUGAAGACGCUGGGGGAAGUCUCAUCAGCGGACAGUGUUAGGUUCCAGCAACUGACAGGGAUAGCACGUAUUUUGUCCAUCUGCAGACCUAGAAGGUCACAUUUCUGUGAGAUUGGGUCAAGAUAGCCAGCAAUCUUUUUGUAUGACACGGUUACGCUGCUAUGUACCUAUCACAUAAUCAAAAGAGGUCAAUGGCAAAGCUGGUGUCGCCGCACAUGCCUUCGUGAAAUUAUCAAUUACUGAGGUACUCGUGCUAACACAAUCGAAUGGAUUGUGGAAUCAGUACCGAAGUAUUCACGAACUGCUGAAUUUCAUCGAUUACAGUAUUCAACUAAGUGGUGGAAGAAGACACGUGAAUGUUUCAAUAUCCUCUUUCAGGUCAUCUGAUUAGUCUCAAGGAUUCUCUUCCAAGGUCGGGAUGGAAUGCCCAAGCUGGGUAAAAUGUACUAAGCAUGCCGUCUUCUUGUACUCCUGUAAUGAUGCUGUUCAUUUUCCGCUAGCUUUAUACCUUUCAAGUGCAAUGCUAACAUUUAUGGAAUAGAUGCAAUGCAGUCUGAUCAUAGUAUCGAUCUACAUAUGACAGGUCAGUGUGACAUGCAAAACGUCACAUUCCAUUGACGCUGUACUGUACUAUUUCCUGCCUGUUCCACCCACUGAUGAGGACAUUCAAUCAUUUCCAGAAAGGAACUGUAGUUAUAGAUCAUUCUAAAUUCUAUUCCAGGCCAGUGUGAUUUUUACUGUAUAGCAAGACGAAAGCUCUUUAAUUGUAGCUUUUUUUCUCUUUUCUAUGUCUUAGCAUUUCAUUACUGAAUUCUCCUUACUUCAAUCGGAGUUUCCAAAAUGCUGAACAACAGGCCGUGCUACGACUGCGAGAGCAUUGCAGGAGGCUGGAAGACAGGCUCUACCUCACUUGCGCGGAUAAUGUAGAAAUGCCGAAUUUGAAAACGUUGGGGAAUUUAUCCUAGACGUUAUUAUACGAAUCUGUAAAUCAUCAGGGAUUCACUUUGAUUGAUUACGUUGUGUCGCUGCUUUCAUCAACUUAAGACAACAAGAAUUGUUAUAAGUGUUCCCAGAAUCCUGGCUACGAAUUGCUGUAGAACUACUCGGCGGUUCCUGAAUUUUCGUCAGACGAAAUAGUCAUGGCUGGGUGUUCGGACGCCGUUAACCACGGAAUUCGUUACAGUCUCAGGUCGAAGGAUGGAAUUCGAAGCGAUGGACUCCACACAAGUUGGAAGGUCAAGCCAGAAGUGGAGUCAGCAAUGCUCAGCAUGAGCGGCGUAAGGUCCUCAGCUUCUGAACUGAUAUGGUUGACUUCCAGAGCAGAUCAUGAAGGAAGAGCACUAGUCAUGGACUGCGGAGUUACCAACCCUACUAUGAGCAAAAGAAACGGCCAGACCCACAUGUCAUGAUUGGGUCUAAUUUGACAAAAUCUGCCGUUGGAGCCCAGAAAUAGAAUCAAUAGAAAAUCACACUCGGAGACAAUGGAUACCCAAUAAAAGUGGUUCUGCACGAGAACGUUUCAUCAGCCUUCUGCAUUCAUUCUUCUGUUUCGGCGUCCCCUAAUUAGACUACAUCGUUCUCUACACCCUGAUAAUCAUCACCUCUAUAAAAAUAUUUAGACUCACCUUUCCCAUCUUACUGAGGAGAAAAUGUUUAAAAUUCUUCUUUACCUUUUAUACCUGGCCAGGGACCUAUCUUGUCAGUGGAAAAGUCACCAGCAAGCAAAAGUGGCAGCCGUUAUGUCAGCGUCAACUCCGCUGGUGAUAAUGCACACCUACAUUCAACGAGGGACGUAACCGGAAUGAGUGCGGACAAACCUAUGUCUUUGCAUCAUCAUUCCUCUCUCGAAGGAGCGAUGGAGGCUCAUGGUAAGGUCGUAAACCAGGUAGUAAUCAUAUCAAAACCUCAAAGAAGAAUUUCGAGCUGGACUGAAGCUUUCCCGAAGAACGAAUGUUUUCCUCCAUGUACAGACUACUCUACGAACAUGCUAUUCUGGAAGCAACAGCGGUCAAUUGAAAGGAGAUGGACCUUAAUACACUCCAGCAGGAUAGCGUACUCCAAUCAUGGACCUCGAAAUACCUAAUGAGAUAAUCUCUAUCGUGAAACGUCAUUAUGUUGUUUACGUCAAGAAAGUUGCACGCUUAUUCUCAGAUUGCGCUCGUUUAUGCACCCGUUCCGACUCGGC